UAAAAGCAAAGCUUGAACGCCCCCCACAAUACUCCACUACCCCACCCACACACUCUUCCUGCCUCCCUCCUUCCUCCUUCUGCUUCCUGUCUCUCAUGUCUCCCUGCUCCUCUCUCUCUCUCUCUCUCUCUCUCUCUCUCUCUCUAAAACACAUCCUUUUUAGCUUUUCUUAGCUCUCUCUCUCUCUCUCUCUCUCUCUCAAACUUUCCCUCUCAUUUUUUUAUCCUCUCUUUUCACUCAUCGCCUUUCUCCACCCGUGACUCCUCUCCUCAUCACCACCAAUUUCUUCCCCUCAUGAUUUCGCCCCCUCAAAAUCUCCCACUCUCCUCCUCCAGCAGCACCAGCAACCCGGCAAAUCAACCCCAACACAGCCGCCAUGCGCUCUCCUCAGCCUCACCGCAACGGCGGCGACAAUCCCUUCCACUCCACCGUCUCGCUCCGGAAGCUGAGGCGCUUCAACUACCUCAUCCUCGUCUUCCGACUCGCCUCCUUCAGCUCCUCCCUCGCUUCCUUCGUCUUCAUGCUCUCCACCUCUCGUGCCGCUGCCAACUCCCCCCGCUGGUACCACUUCGACGCCUUCAGAUUCGUUGUGGGUGCGAAUGCAAUAGUGGCGCUCUACUCUCUCUUCGAAAUGGUGGCUUCCGUCUGGGAAAUUUCCAGAGAAUCCACUCUCUUCGCCGAGGUCGUCCAGCUCUGGUUCGACUUCGGCCACGACCAGGCGUUCGCGUACCUGUUGCUGUCUGCAGACUCGGCGGGAACGGCGUUGGCAAGGGUUUUAAAAGGGAUGGACACGUGUAAGGCGUGGAACGCGUUCUGCAUACAGGUGGACAUCUCGAUCGCCUUGGGCUUUGUGGGGUUCCUGUUCCUGGGCUUCUCAUCUCUCCUCUCGGGCUUUCGGAUCGCCUGCUUCAUCAUCAAGGGAUCUCGUUUUCAUCUUUAGAGAGAGAAAGAGGCAGAGAGAGAGAGAGACAGAGAGAGAGAGAGAGGGAAUAUUUGGUGGGUGGAGGUGUUGAUGUUUUACUGUGCGGCCGUAGUCUGAUUUUCAGACGGGAUUGACUGAUGAUGUGAUCGAGAUAAGAGGUGUGGGCCCUGCGGAUGUAGCUUAUUUUUCUUUGUGUGUGUUUGUUUGCGUGACGACGACAUAUUGUGUAUAGGAGAAUCAUGAAUUCUUUAUGCAUUGCUAACUACUACUUAAUUUUUGCUUAGCAUUCUUUCAAUGUGCUAAGCUAUAGUUACAA